AAUUCAAGCCUUCUAAUCACGAUGCUUAAGCCCGUAAUUCGUGUUUCUGGAAACCCUAUUUCUGUCCGAGUGGGAGGCUCUGGGCGUGGGCUGGAGCAGAGCGUGAAACCAUCGUUGAACUGGUUCCCCGUGGGAUUUUUCCUUUCGCAAUGUCAGAUUCACAGGGGCUUCUUUUGAGUUGCUUUAGGUUCAAUUUGGUCGAAAUUCGAGUGCUCAGGGGACCGAAGCUCGUCUGGAUCGCUUCCUAAAUUGAGAAAUCAGAGUCCGUGGUGUGAUUGUGGUCUUCGAGGAAGAAGGAAGCGUUCGAUGCGUACGCUGGGAAUAUUGCAUUGAACUACGGGAAAGUGUAGCAAUUUCUGGGAAUUAUGCUUGAAGAUGGUGUUCAAGUGGCCGACUCUAAGGCUCACAAGAGUUGAUAGUGAUCAGUUUCAGGACCCAGACAGUCUAUUGCUGGACAGUGGAAUACCAAUACACCGGGACAGCAGCUGCAAUACUUCCCCGUCAAGCUGGUGGCCAUCUGCUGCAACAGCCAAAAAAAGCUUUUUGCACAGAGAACAGUCAACAAGGAGUGCAUUUGCAUCGAUAUCAAUGAGACCUGAGAUGUUUAAUCUCGGUAAAACUUUUGAUCUAUUAUCGCAGCUGUUUUUAAAUACAAAAUGGGAGCACAGAGUGGAUGACGGAGACUCGCUUGCCUGGCUAGCAGAGAAGUAUGGGACCACAGUGAAUGCAUUGAAGAAAUUUAACAACAUGAAAGACGAUAUCAUUUACUCUGGCAGUAUUUUGAAGAUAGAUCGGCGUAGUGCGGAGCAAGCAGUCCUUGGUCGAAAGGCCAGUGUGCAAGAAAGGAAUGCAUUACUUGAUGAUGUUGCAGAGAUCACACAACCCCUCAAGUCUUUCAAGCCUGUGUUAAGUGCACGCCCUCGAUCACAGAGGCUGCAGAAAACACAUAUUAUCCCUAGACUAAAAACCGUUCGUGUUAAAUAUGGGGACACUUUGGCUGACAUUGCUUUUGAACAUGGUCUUAGCUCAGAGGAGCUGCAGCGGUUGAACAACUUACGGGACGAUAAUAUUUUCGAGGGUGACGUUCUUGCAGUUUCAGCGGCAGGUCCGUCUUCCAGGGAAUUUCCAGAAAAUCGGUCGGGCCGGCGACGCACCAAUCGACUACUCUUUUCAAGGCCAUGUGCAGGUUUUUCACAAAGGCUGGGGAUUGGAGGCCCAGAACAGACUCUCAAGCAUCAGCUUACAAGUGGCAACUUAAAACUUCAAGGCCGAUGGAAAAGAAAUCACAAGGGAUUUCAACAUGCACAAGACAAGUGGAUGCGCUUCAGUUCUCCAGUCACAGAGGGUUUUUUGAGCAGUACCUAUGGUUGGCGGUGGGGUGCUUUUCAUGAGGGCAUUGAUGUAGCUGCGGAUCAAGGAACUCCAAUAUUGGCCUCUGACAGAGGCACGGUAACAUUUGCAGGCUGGAGUGGUGGUUAUGGAUAUUUGGUGGCCAUCCAGCAUGAAGGAGGGUUUGUAACUAGAUAUGCACACUGCUGUGCCAUCCAUUCCCGCAUUGGACAGCAAGUGUUGAAGGGACAGCAAGUGGCCGCAGUCGGUGCUACUGGACGUGCUACAGGCCCACAUUUACACUUCGAAGUUCGAAAGAAUGGAGAAGCACUUGACCCAUUGAAAUGGGUCCGUUUGUGACUACAUUAAGGUCGCCAUUGUAUCAAAAGGCUUUUGGUGUUAUUAAGUUAUCGUUACGACUUCUCCAGGUGCAGUAACAAAGUCUAGGCCGAAGGUAGAAUCUUCUCAACCAUGUGCAUCCAUAGCUUUAAUUGGUCUGCAAAAAAGCCUUUUGUAGCUAAUUAAGUAGGUGAAGGGCACAUGGUCUGAUCUAAUUUAAGUAAGGACUAGAUUGAGGUGGCAAGUAAAAAUUAGAGAGGCAACAGAAUGGACAAAAUUAGAAGGGGAAUGAUAUUGUUAUCUUACAAAAAAACUGGUGUGUGCAUAUUGAAGCCAGCCCAACUCUACCAAUAUAUGCUACUCACUGUUGAAUCGUGUACUUUGUAAUACCGCAAUUACUCAUUUACUAUAUUCGACAUCUUAUCGCUUUACGAAA